AUGGACUAUCGACGACUACAACACUCAUACCCGCCACGGCCCUCGCCUUUGGGGGCCUCGCAAGAACCUCGCGAUCCACACUUCACCGCGCCUUCGACCGAGUCUCGUCAAGAGAUUGACAAGUCUCGCCCGUACCCUUCCCCCGCUUCAAACGCUACGUCCUCUCCGUCACAGCUCUACCAGUCAGCGACUUCCCAUACAUCGAAUACCCCUCGUGGAGAUACUUCCAGCGCAUACUUUCCGAGGAAUGGCCCAACACAAGCACACCGUCGACAUGGGAGUCUCGAGACAAGGAAUCAUGAACAAAUGCAUCGCAGGAAUAAUUCGCAACCUCAGGCUGCUCGUUAUCGUGAAGGUAGGCAAUCUGUUUGGUUUUGUUUUUACUUUCCCUCUGCUCGGAUCCCCCAGAUUGAGGAUUCCAAGGAUCGGACUUGUGCCGUGGUUGGUCCGUCCUCCGCAGCCCCGUUUCUGAGUAUGGGCGACCGGGGGAAUAGUUUCCGUAAUCUCCUGAUUCAGAUGCUCAAAACCACGCGACACAUCAAAACUCAUUCUCCAAAUCCUCCCCCUCUUCCCUUGCCCAGACACCCUGCCCCUGAUGGAUUUUCCCCGGUGGCGCAGAUCGACUGGACGACAGCUCGGGAACGCUAG